UUUUUAGGACACUGAAACAAAAGGUCACAGUGAAUUGUCCGCCUGAUAAUCCUUCGUUGAUUAGCAACAACGUAUUACUGCCAAAAGAUUCUACGUUCGACCCAGAAAACUCACCAAUCCAAUCUGCAAAACCCAUUUCUUCUUCUUCUUCAGAGUUGAAUUCAAAUCUUACAUUUUUUGCUAUCUAGUCCUCAGGGCUCCGAUGGCUUUCAUUCUAGGUCUUGUUCUGGGUAUCACCUUUGGUCUCGCUGUGAUCGUUGGAUUCGUCAAGUGUGAAAACCACCGGUCCAAGCGCCGGUCUGAGCUGGCGACCACCAUUGCCACUUUUGCUCGGAUGACUGUGGAUGAUUCCAGAAAGAUCUUUCCUGCGGAGUUUUACCCUUCUUGGGUUUCAUUCACUCAGUGGCAGAAGUUGAAAUGGCUGAACCAGCACCUUUCCAAGAUCUGGCCUUAUGUCAAUGAGGCAGCGUCUGAACUGAUAAAAACUAAUGUUGAGCCGGUUCUUGAACAAUAUAGACCCGUUAUAUUGUCAUCCCUCAAAUUUUCAAAGUUCACUCUUGGUACCGUGGCUCCACAGUUUACAGGAAUUCGCAUUGUUGAAGAUGAAGGAGAUUCUGUUACCUUGGACCUGGAAAUGAAGUGGGAUGGAAAUCCAAGCAUUGUACUUGAUAUUAAAACUUUAGUUGGCGUUCGGCUGCCUGUUCAGGUUAAAAACAUUGGAUUCACAGGAGUUUUCAGGUUAAUAUUCAAGCCUCUGGUUAAUGAGUUACCGUGCUUUGGAGCUGUUUGCUAUUCUUUGAAAGAAAAGAAAGAUUUGGAUUUUACGCUUAAAGUUGUGGGUGGUGAUAUUUCAGCUAUUCCGGGGCUUUAUGGUCAAAUUGAGGGGACAAUACGGGAUGCUAUUGAAGAUUCAAUGACAUGGCCUGUUCGUAAAAUUGUUCCCAUUAUUCCUGGGGAUUACAGUGAUCUUGAAUUGAAGCCGGUUGGGACAUUAGAGGUGAAGCUUGUGCAGGCUAAGCAGUUGACAAAUAAAGACUUGGUUGGGAAAUCAGAUCCCUAUGCUGUAUUGUAUAUACGACCUCUACGUGAACGAAUGAAGACCAGCAAAACAAUUAAUAAUGAUUUGAAUCCAAUAUGGAAUGAACACUUUGAGUUUAUUGUUGAAGACGAAUCUACUCAGCACUUAGUGGUAAAAAUUUAUGACAGUGAGGGUCUUCAGGCAUCGGAGCUCAUUGGAUGUGCACAAGUACGAUUAAACGAACUUCAGCCUGGUAAGGUAAAGGAUGUGUGGUUGAAGCUGGUCAAGGAUUUGGAGGUUCAGAGAGAUAAUAAAAACAGAGGGCAGGUACAAUUGGAGCUCUUAUACUGUCCAUAUGGCAUGGAGAAUGGCUUCACCAAUCCUUUCGGUUCUGACCCCUCAAUGACCUCUUUAGAGAAGGUCCUUAAAACUGGGGCUAAUGGAAUAGAUGCUACUGAAAAUGAAAAAGAAAUUACGCAGAAGAAAAGGGAGGUUAUAGUCAGAGGUGUACUCUCUGUUACUGUGAUAUCUGCUGAAGACUUGCCGCCAGCUGAUGUUAUGGGGAAGGCGGAUCCUUAUGUGGUACUCACAUUGAAGAAAUCAGGAGCAAAAAGCAAAACUAGGGUGGUUAAUGACAGCUUAAAUCCUGUUUGGAAUCAAACAUUUGACUUUGUUGUUGAGGAUGGAUUACAUGACAUGUUAAUGAUUGAGAUCUGGGAUCAUGACACUUUUGGGAAGGAUUAUAUGGGAAGAUGCAUCUUAACACUGACUAGGGUACUAUUGGAGGGGGAAUACAGUGACUCCUUUCAGCUAGAUGAAUCAAAGUCUGGAAAACUGAAUAUGCAUCUCAAGUGGAUGCCGCAGCCAAUUAUGCGUGAUUCUUGAUUGAUUCCCGUUCCAUGGCUAAGGAAAUUUACGUGAUUUUUGACUGAUCCCUAUUCUCAUCAAUGUAACUGUACGCAAAGAAUAGAAGCGAUCUACUCAGGAUCACCGGUUAAUAGUUCUCCCCGUCAUAUGUUCUUCACAAGGGGAAGUUUUAAGUACUUGAAUGGUGUACAUAAUUGUUUCAUAACACAAACAGUGAUGCAGAGAAAUGAAGUUUCACGGAAAAUAGCAGUUAGUUUUGUGGUUAGAUGUGACUACUUCUGGACCAUGAGAAAUAGUUUGACUUCAUAUACAUUCCAAGCAGGUUUCAGCACCAAAUAGCACCCUUUCUUUUUCCAUUCUCUUUUGUAUGUAUACUGGAGUUUGUGAGAGUGAUUUCAUAGCAUUGCCUAUUUUCAAUCAACAGCUUUAAGUUUUUCCUUU